AAUGACACGGCAAUAAAAAGUAUGUGACACCAUAAAAUGAGCAUAACUCGUUAUGCUAUUAAUUAUCUCACGUAUAAUAAUUAUCGUACGAAUGCAUUAUCAUUAAGAAGUUCUAUUUGCAAGAUGUAAAAUUUGUUUGUCGAUGUAUUCUUCCCAAUUUGAUUUGAUAUCUGCAUUAUUAUAGACCUAACCCCGAGCAUUGCCGAAUGCAGUUUGAACAAAUGGCCAAAGUGCGUAAGUAGUUGAUACUGCGCCGGCGCUCCACGUAGCCCGCAUGCGCGAGGUCUCGUACACGUCAUCGCGUCGCAGGAGCGAGUAGCCCCUCUGACUCUUGAUAGUUUCUCUGCCUAGGCAGUCGCCCACCGGCAGUUCCAGGCAUUUAUUAAUGUUGCUAACCAUUCGCAAGACUUUCGGUGCUUAUCAAACUUUAUCUAAUCUGCAUCGAGUAAAAUACUGUGAAACGACUGUAUUUGCUGUCUUCUCGCUCAACCAACCCACAUCAAGGCAAUUUUCUGAUCAACUCCAAAACUUAAAGAGGAAUAUGGCUAACGAAAAGAAGCCGUUCCAUCGUCUGCCAAAAAAUGUCAAGCCCUACAACUAUAAAAUCCAGCUUCAUCCAGACCUUACCAGUUUUACCUUCACUGGAAAGCAAGAUAUUUUCGUCGAGACUCUUGAACCAACUGAUACGGUAGUUUUGAAUUCCUGUGAGAUUGCUAUUAACUCAGUCACUUACAACGACAAUGGAAAAGUAAUUCAGUCUCAAAGUAUUACUACUGACGACGAAAAUGAGGUUUCGACAAUUGUUUUCCCGGAAAAGUUACCCAUUGGCAAGUCAGGAUUUUUCCAUAUGGAAUUCCAAGGUAUCAUUAAUGAUAAACUUAAAGGUCUUUACAGAAGCAAGUACACUGGUGCUGAUGGAAGUACAAAGUAUGCAGCAGUGACUCAGUUUGAGGCAACAGAUGCAAGACGCUGUUUUCCUUGUUGGGAUGAACCAGUCCACAAAGCUACCUUUGAUAUUUCCUUAACUGUACCUACAGACUUAGUAGCACUUUCCAACAUGCCAAUAAUAUCUACUACUCCAGUUUCACCAAAGUUGCAUACUUUAGUGUAUGAUACAACACCUAUAAUGUCAACAUACUUGGUAGCCUUAGUAAUUGGUGAAUUUGAUUAUGUUGAAGAUAAGACCAGUGAUGGAAUACUAGUCAGAGUUUAUACUCCAAAAGGAAAACAAGAGCAAGGAAGAUUUGCAUUGCUCGUUGCUACUAAAGUUUUACCGUACUACAAAUCCUAUUUCAAUAUUGCCUAUCCCCUACCAAAGAUUGAUUUGAUUGCAGUGGCAGAUUUUUGCUCUGGUGCAAUGGAAAAUUGGGGUUUAGUCACUUACAGAGAAACUUGUCUUUUGGUUGAUCCUCAGCAUACGUCAGCUAUUAGAAAACAAUGGGUUGCUCUUGUAGUUGGACACGAGUUAGCUCAUCAAUGGUUUGGUAAUCUUGUAACUAUGGAAUGGUGGACAGAUUUAUGGCUCAAGGAAGGAUAUGCUUCAUUUGUUGAAUUUUUGUGUGUGGAUUAUCUUUUCCCAGAAUAUGAUAUCUGGACUCAAUUUGUAACAAGUACAUUAAUCAGUGCAUUAGAAUUAGAUGCUCUCAAAAAUAGUCACCCUAUCGAAGUGCCAGUUGGCCAUCCAUCAGAAAUAGAGGAAAUAUUUGACGAUAUUUCAUACAGCAAAGGAGCAAGUGUUAUUAGGAUGUUGCACGCUUACAUUGGUGACGAUGAUUUCAGAAAAGGCAUGCAUUUAUACUUGAAGAAACAUUCUUAUAAUAAUGCUGAAACUGGAGACUUGUGGAGUGCUUUAGAAGAGGCUAGCAAGAAACCAAUUGGCUAUGUCAUGUCAUCAUGGACAAAGCUACAAGGUUUUCCUCUUCUUAAAGUUUCAGAAAAACCUUCAAAUAAGGAAAACACCAGGAUACUCAACUUUGUUCAAGAAAGAUUUCUUGCUGAUGGCUCAGUAGAUACAACAAAUAACCAAUGGGUUAUACCAAUUGGGGUCAGUUGUUCCAGUGAUCCAAAAAAAGUUAUUAAAAACGAAAUUUUGAAAGUAAAAUCCAAUGACAUAGAAUUUGAAAACGUGCCCAAAAAUUCUUGGCUCAAAGUUAAUCCGGGAUCAGUAGGCUUUUACAGAACACUAUACAGCAAUGAACUACUUGAACAACUAAUGCCGGCUAUUAGAGAUCAAAGUUUGCCACCUCUCGAUCGUCUAGGAUUACUAGAUGAUCUUUCCGCACUUUCUCAAGCUGCGCUUAUUUCAAGUAGCCAAGUUUUAAAAUUAAUGGAAGCAUAUAAAGGAGAAACUAACUACACGGUAUGGUCUAGCAUUGUGAAUUCAUUGGGUAAAAUUGGUAUUCUCUUAUCUCAUCUAGAGAUACACUCCCAAUACAAGGCGUUUGGCCGUAACCUCUUGAAAAACAUUUACAACCGUCUCGGCUGGGAAAAAAAGUCGGACGAAAGUCACCUGGAUACUUUGCUGAGGGCUUUGGUCAUCAAUCGCAUGGUAGCUUUCGAAGACGAUGCUACGAUUGAAGAAUCGAAGAGGCGCUUUGCAGAUCAUAUUGCAGGAAAGAACCUGUUAUCAGCCGACCUCCGAAAAGCAGUUUAUUGCGCCGUACUGAAAGUAGGCGAUGAGAGUACCUUUGAGACCUUGCUAAAACUGUAUCGUGAAAACGAUUUACACGAAGAAAAAGACAGGAUUCUCAGCUCAUUAGGAGCAACGAAAGACGAAGCUCUCCUCCGUCGUGUUCUUGAUUUUUCAAUGAGCGACGAAGUCAGGUCGCAAGACACGGUUUACGUAAUUGCAUCGGCCACGAUGACUUACAAAGGACGCAUCUUGGCUUGGCAAUUUUUCAAAGAUAAUUACGCCAAAUUGACCGCCCGAUACACGAGCGGCAACUUGCUCACGGCAUUGGUCAAAUACACGACGGAGAAUUUCGUUACCGAAGAAUACGCUCAAGACAUCGAGGAGUUCUUUGCGAAACAUCCGACCCCGGGUGCUCAGAGAAACAUUCAACAAAGCAUUGAAACGGUGAGACUGAACGCUGCUUGGCUCAAGAGAGAUCAGCAAGCCAUUGAAAAGUUUUUGAAGAGCGUCCAAUAGAGUGAUACUCACUAUAGCUGUUUACGAAAAACAUAAUAUUCGGAGCUUUUCAGCUUAUUUUAUGUACUUAAUUUUUUUUAAUUUCAAAAUGUUGUGAAGAAUUGCGAGUGCAAAUUAUUUGAUAUACAUUUGACGAAAUCUUUUCGAAUGUUGUGAGUUAUAAUAGCUCAUAGUGUUUCCGAAAGUGUUUUAUUUGCGCCUAUUUAACGAGUGUUGCAGCGAAUGAUUUUACCAUCCCGCUUUACGAAUUGUUUUUAUAAUCUGUAAAGCUUCUUCAAAUACAUUUAUAUUAUACGUUUUUGAAUUUCAUGAAAUGUUUCGUUUUCUCAAUUAGUAUGCCAAUCCCAUGCGAUUCCAAGCAUCGCCUC